AUGGGCCAUGGAGUGUGGGGUAAUGGUCAGAGGAGUGGGGUAGGCAGGGAGAGGAGUGGGAAAAAGGUGGGACGAAGGGAUAAGGGGAACUGGGGUACUCAAGGAAAUAGGGAGGGAAAGGGCCAUGAUGGGGAGGGUCAGGGACUGGGUGGAGGUGGGAUGGCUGGGCUGGGACAGGACUUGGAAGGGAAUGGCCAGAACGUUCACUUCUCACUUCUCUCUGAUACAAUAUAUUUUGAUGAGGUCGGGAGUCGCCCAGGCUAUUAUUAUAUUGUCAACUGGAUAUUCCCUGACGGUCAUAUUGGUAUUGGAAACUUCAACGCUUCUGCACCUGAGAAAGAUCAGUUUGUUAUCAAUACAACAGCAAUCCAGUGGCACCAAAUGUUCAUAGAGAUCCCUCGCUCCACGUGCAGUGAUACCUGUCACCUGGGUUACAGAAAAUCUACUCGUCAGGGUCAGCCCAGCUGUUGCUAUGACUGUGUUCCGUGUUCUGAAGGCGAGAUCACUAAUGAAACAGACAUAGAAACCUGUAUGCUUUGCCCUGAAGAUCAGUGGUCCAAUCAAGGAAGAGACACCUGUAUGCCAAGAAAUGUAGAGUUCCUUUCAUAUGAAGACCCAUUGGGUACUGCUCUUGCUGCUGUGGCUGUUGUCCUGACUGUAAUCACAGCAUUAGUGUUGGGACUUUUUACUUUACAUUGGGACAGUCCUGUAGUCCGAGCCAAUAACAGGGACCUCAGCUUCUUGCUCCUGUUUGCCCUCAUGUUCUCCUUCCUGUGCUCCUUGUUAUUCAUUGGGUAUUCUGGGGAAAUUACUUGUAAACUGCGACAAACAGUAUUUGGACUUUUUUUCAUUGUGGCUGUUUCUUCUGUCCUGGCUAAAUCCAUCACAGUUGUCAUUGCAUUCAAAGCCACAAAGCCUGACAGUAAAUUUAGAAAAUUACUAAGGACCAGCAUUUCCUACUGUUUUGUCCUUGUCUGCUCAUUGGGUCAGGCUGCUAUAAGUACUGUGUGGUUAAUCACUUCUCCUCCUUACCCAGACUAUGACACCCAGUCCAUCACAGGGAUGAUGAUAUUAAAAUGUAAUGAAGGAUCCCCUAUUGCAUUCUAUAUUGUUGUUAGUUACUUGGGAGUUCUCGCUGUUCUGAGUUUCCUUGCUGCAUUUGCAGUAAGGAAGGUGCCUGACCGUUACAAUGAAGCCCAGAUGAUCACCUUCAGCAUGCUGGUGUUUUGCAGUGUCUGGAUCACCUUUGUCCUAGCCUACCUGAGUUCCAACAGCAAAUACAUGGUGGCUUUGGAGAUCUUCGCAAUCCUGGCAUCCAGCAGUGGGUUACUGGGCUGUAUCUUCUUUCCCAAGUGUUACAUCAUCAUGCGGAGACCAGAUAUAAACACCAAAGGAAACUUAACAAUUAAACACAAAUAUUAA